AUGUCAGUUAUCAAGAUAGGCCUGGUUCCCUGCCCACGGCCGACUCUUGGUGGCCGGAAAGAUCAGUCCUACACUAAUGUGGUCGCCCGUUCCUUGGCGCCUCAGCCGACAUUGGUGGAGCUUAAAAAACCUGCUUCGUACUUUGGUGAACCUGCAGUUUUCUUUAGUGUGGAGGAGGUGGAGCUGUCCGAGAUCCCAUUCAGUACAACUCUGGUGGCCAAGUGCUCUUAUGGGAGGCCUUCAUUAUCUGAUGUCAAGGAGUUUUUGAAGAAGACUUUUUUCCUGCAGGGUGAUGUAAUUGUGUCAAGCUGGGACAAACGACACCUUCUUUUCAAGUUCUCUAACCAUUCUGACUUUGUGAGGGUGUGGUUGAAGGAGCAGAUUCAUGUCAGAGGUUUUUUGCUACGUUUCUUGAAGUGGUCCAGUGGCUUCAUGGCGGGGUGGGAAUCACCUGUCGUGCCAAUCUGGGUUUCCCUACCGGGUUUGCCGAUCAAUUUUUAUCAGGGAAAUUUUCUGUCGUCGAUUGCAGGCACUAUUGGCAAAGCCCUCCGUGUGGAUAGCGCGACGAUCAAUUGCACCAGAACGGUGGCGGCUCGGGUGUGUGUAGAGAUCGACCUGCGCAAGUCAUUGCCGGAUAGGGUUUGGAUUGGGUAUGGAUCAGGAGGUUUUUAUCAAAAGGUGUUGUACGAGAGAUUGCCGUCUUAUUGCACUCAUUGCUCAAAGCUAGGCCACGCAGUUAGUGAUUGCCGCAAAGCCGAGAAGUUUAGGGCACCAAAGCUGAGGGGUGAUGUGGUGGAAGCAGCAGUUAACGGGAAGGAGGUGGUGCACGUGUGUGGCGAUGAUGGAGGGCUGAUCAUGGAAUCUGAUUUGGCAAGCAAGGCAAUAAUGGAAGAGGGUGGAGGGGCGGAAUUAGGAGAGGGGUGUGCUGCAUUUGAGAUGCCCCACGUUCCAUUGCAUGGGGCGGUUCCCGAGGUAGGUGGUAGCUCUUUAGAGAGGGGUUUUGUUGGGGAUGGAAGGUGGAAGCCAGCACGUGGUGGUGGGUCACACUCCAAUUUGUUGGUUUCAGAAGGGAAUAUAGGUGAUUUGGUGCCUAUUCAACAGGUGCCAUCGGAGACCGUUGAGGAGGAUAGGGCGGUUAGGCCUGAUGACGCGAGGGCUGUGCAUGAGGGGGUGUCUCUGGCUGUAGGGGAAUGGUCUGAAGGGAUUCAGAGGAAUAUGGAGCCCCUGGGGGGGUUAUUGAUUUCUCAAGAGCAGGGGGUUUACAACGUUGUUAAUGCAGCCAGUGGGGGUGCGAAGGACGAUAUGUGUUUGUUGGAUUCUAGUCUCAGAGAAGGGUCUCUAGAGAGCUUGAAGGAGUUUGGCAAUGGGCUAAAGGAGAGAGUGGCUGACACCGUGCUACUAGUCCAAGAGGAGAGAAGCACCAAGGUGGUGGAGGAAUUGGAAGGCGACACUGGUGUAAAGGAAAGGGUGCUGCAGGUGGAGGAGACAGCCGCCUGGCGGUGCAGUUCAAGGCCAAAAGGCCCCUCUUUGAAGCUACGCGAAGCCAGUUCUCGAUGA